AUGUCAUCUUGCAUUUCUCAAAUUUCCAAACUAGAUUCGACCAUGAACCCUGUGGUUUUAAUGAACAACUUUUCAACGUACUUGGUGCAUCGGCAACACAACAUGAAAGGAUUUCUGGCGCAGGAUAGAAGCAUCCCGAAAGUAAUGUCGCAUGGGCCGGCCAACAUGGUGAUGGUGACAAUUGAUGAAUUAUCGUACUAUGGCUACAUUGGCAAUAUUGGCGCAGAGUCGAUGCAACCGAAAUCGGAACUGAUGCGAACAUACAUAGCCAGGCGGAACCGCGAAACCGGCAAAAUGCGCUUGGUAGAGGUGCAAUCGUGCUCACUGCAACACACUUGUCACCACCAACCUUCGAAAGCGAGCACCGACGAGAUUGGCCACGGGAAAUUGGACGAAAAAAAGAUGCAAAAAAUGAUGCAAAAGUACAGCUCCAAGACUAGCAAGAGAUUGUACAACCGAAUGAAAAACAAGACCCUAGAUAUCAGAACGAUGGAGGACAAGUUGCGUCGUACGAUCGAUGAUGCGCAGGUGAUGAUGAUCAAAGCUACAAAGACAGAACCUGGCGUCGAGGCGAUGGAUAGCAAUGAGGGGCUUGCUCAGGAUGACGUUCAAUCGGAAAUGGUUUCCAAGAUAAACAAGAAUGCGACGUCGCUGCAUGACCUAUACCGCGUCGAGGACCUAAUCAAGCCAGAUGUAUUGCAAAAAUUGAAACAGCCAGCCAAGAAGCUGUUGCAAACGCCCCCCGAGGAGUUGCUGAUGGUCAAUGACUACCUACAGAACAAGGUAAAGGAAUGCAUGCAAUCGCCAGACAAGCUAACCAUGAGCAACAUCGCCCGGGUGCGUGUGUGCUUGAUCAUGGACGUAAUGGGGCGGCUGUGCAGUCCGACGUUUCGGGUGGGCCACAAAAAAGAAAGUAUUUCACCCUUCACAAACGAGCUGAACAACACUAUUCAGCUGCAUUUCUUACAGCGUGUGCAGGAUAAGUUCUCCACGCAACUGCGCUCGACGCAGUAUACGCGCAAUAAGGCGACGAUGUACUACCUCGCACUCAUGUUUGUCCUUGAGGCGUCCGACACGGUGGACAUCGAGGUGAUCCAUCGUUCGCUCGGAAUGACGAAAUCGAAUAUCAUUACGUAUGGCCGUAUGAUUGGUGCGCGGUUCAACAACGGUGUGUUCAGGAAGCUAGCACACAUGCCUAUCAAGCAGAAAAAGGACGACGUUGAGAAGCAGCUGGCAUCAAUCGUAACAUUCAUGCGAGACUGA